UUCGAAAUGUACUUCCUCAGUCUCUGCGUCUCCUCUACCUUUUCGCCUUUUCCUGUUUCUGUGUACAAAAUGGCGGCGAACGAUGACGCUUUUGAUCAAUUUGAUGACGACCUACCAGAAGGACCCGAAAUUCAAGGAGGCGAUAGGCGAAAACGGCUCUUCUCAAAAGAAUUAAGGUGCAUGAUGUAUGGAUUUGGAGACGACCAGAACCCGUACACUGAGUCUGUAGACCUUUUGGAGGACCUAGUUAUAGAGUUCAUCACAGAAAUGACACACAAAGCCAUGGAAAUAGGACGCACUGGCAGAGUCCAAGUCGAAGACAUCGUUUUUUUGGUCCGAAAAGAUCCAAGAAAAUACGCUCGUGUCAAAGAUCUGCUAACGAUGAACGAAGAGCUAAAGAAGGCACGGAAGGCGUUCGAUGAAGUCAAAUAUGCCUCUGUAUGAUGCAUAUAGUACGGCAACUAAAGAACAUGUAAAUAACCUUGAUCCACACAUCACAACGUCAAUAAAUUACGAAUACUUUUAUCGUAA